UGGAAUAGGCCAAAGAAGACGAAACAAAAAAAGACGAAGCCAGUCCAGUCAAUUCCCAAGACUGUUUGGCUUUUGGAGAGACCAGGGACGCUUUCCACUCGACCAAAAAUUCCGGAAAUUCCGGGAUUGGGAGCGAAUGGAACAGACAUUUUCCGGAAUUUCAUUCCGAAAUUUUGGGUGUACCUCGCGAGUUUGGCCUAAAAUUCCGGAAAAUCAGAAUAACCGGAAAAUUCCGUUCCAUUCGACCAUUCCUGCUCGCGCCCAGUUUCUCAGAGCCCGGAAAUCGAACUCAACAUGGCUUCCAAUUCUUCUGCUCAAUAUCAGUGUUCCGCUUGUUAUUAUGCGACAGAUGACUUGAAUGUUCUUUUGCACCACUUUUGCACUGGAGCCGGGGUGGGAUGGCAGCUCGCCCAGAUCCAUUUCCAAGUGGUAUCCUUCCUGUGGGCAUGACGGCGCGAGUGAACAGCUCGCAAGUUUCUCGUCAUUCUGAAGUGACCCUUAAACUCGUCAGGAAAAUAGAGAGGUAUCGUGCCCUCAAAGUAGUCGCAGACUCGGUUUAAAUUCCUACCCAUGUAGGAGCUACCCACACCGAACAGCGUUAUGUCGUCGUCCUCGUCCAAUGCUUCGCUUAUUUAAACUUCAUAGUCGUCGAGCAACUCUAAAGCAAGUAAAAUAGACAAAGAGUCCGCCAUUUUUUGAUUCCCCUGUUUAUUUCGUAUUUUCACGCGAAAAUUGGUACGUGAUGGACUGGGACGGCUUGGUUCAAACCAACCGGAAAAUACUGUUCCAUUCGUCACAUGGAAUACUCGAAAUUUCAUUCCGGAAUUUUUGGUUGAAUGGAAAGCGCCGCAGAUGACGAUUUUGAGAUAACAGACGAUGGAUGUUAUAGUGAUUAUGCUAUAACUGAGGAUUCCGUCUUAUUAAAGGCUGAAAUCGACCUGAAGAGUGACCAAACUGAACAGGCUAUCAGAGGGGAACUAAAGGCUGUGUUCGAGAAACGAUAUCCUGACAUUGGUCUGUAUGAUUUUGAGUUUGUGAAGAGGGAACGGAACGUACUUAUCACUACAAUAGUGAAAGACAAUCAUUCAUGA